AGGGCCCCGGCCCGCUCGGCGCCCGCGCUCUGCCGCUCCGAGAUGGCCCGGCUCGGGUACUUCUUAUUCCUCUACGGCCUGAACCAGGCGCUGGGCAGCUACCCGAUCUGGUGGUCACUGGCUGUUGGGCCCCAGUACUCAUCCCUGAGCAUGCAGCCCAUCCUCUGUGCCAGCAUACCAGGCUUAGUACCCAAACAAUUGCGAUUCUGUCGGAACUACGUGGAGAUCAUGCCCAGCGUGGCAGAGGGCAUCAGGAUCAGCAUUGAGGAGUGCCAGCACCAGUUCCGAGGCCGCCGGUGGAACUGCACCACCAUCAAAAACAGCCUGGCAAUCUUCGGCCCUGUGCUGGACAAAGCCACCCGAGAGUCCGCCUUCGUACAUGCCAUCGCCUCCGCCGGCGUGGCCUUCGCAGUGACGCGCUCAUGCGCUGAGGGCUCCGCUGCCAUCUGUGGAUGUAGCAGCCAUCACCAGGGCUCACCGGGCCAAGGCUGGAAAUGGGGUGGCUGCAGCGAGGACAUCGAGUUUGGUGGGAUGGUGUCUCGGGAGUUUGCGGAUGCAAGAGAGAAUAGGCCUGACGCCCGCUCUGCGAUGAACCGCCACAACAAUGAGGCGGGGCGCCAGGCCAUCGCCAGUCAUAUGCACCUCAAGUGCAAGUGCCACGGGCUGUCGGGUAGCUGCGAAGUAAAGACCUGCUGGUGGUCGCAGCCCGACUUCCGCGUCAUCGGCGACUUCCUUAAGGACAAGUACGACAGCGCCUCCGAGAUGGUGGUGGAGAAGCACCGGGAGUCGCGCGGCUGGGUGGAGACGCUGCGGCCUCGCUACACCUACUUCAAGGUGCCCACGGAGCGCGACCUGGUGUACUACGAGGCUUCGCCCAACUUCUGCGAGCCCAACCCCGAGACCGGCUCUUUUGGCACUCAUGACCGCACCUGCAACGUGAGCUCGCCUGGCAUCGAUGGCUGCGACCUGCUGUGCUGUGGCCGCGGCCACAACGCGCGGGCAGAGCAGCGCCGAGAGAAGUGCCUCUGCAUCUUCCACUGGUGCUGUUACGUGAGCUGCCAGGAGUGUGCACGCGUCUACGACGUGCACACCUGCAAGUAG